UUAAAAUUCACGUUUUGUUUAUUUGAUUGAUAAGGAAAUUAUAUUUUAAAGGCAAUAAUGUACACAGACGAUAAUUCCGACAAAGAGAGCGAAUUCGAGGAGAGGAGUCCGGAUGAUAGUCCAAAUAUUACAAAAAAAUCAUUAUCCACGGUUGGUUUUAGAAACAAUACAGAGAACUUGAUGGCUAGACCAUUGGCGCUGCGGGCGACGCAAUCGUUCACCGGCGCGGUGGAAGAGCUGCGGACAUGCGGCAAUUUCCAGAGGAUGAAUCUUUGUAACAGAAUGAACGUGAUAUCGACGCCGAAGAUAAGUGCGAUAUGCCCGUGCGGCUGCCUGCUGCGGCCGGCGCCGGCGGGCCCGUUCCGCACGCGCGAGCAGCGCACGCUGGCGCUGCACGUGGUGCCGCCCGAGGUGCUCGCCCACCACGGCUACUGCUUCGAGCCCAGCCAGAUAGCCAUGUUCUGGAAGAAAGACUGCAGGAUGUUCCUUUGGAAAGGGAAAGCCAAAAUGAAGAACGUAGUGGUCGCCGAUCCCCGUAAAACCUAA